ACAACCACCCGCACUACAGAUGUCAGUGUUCCUGACCCAACCCCUGAUGUAGGUGGGGUAAGUUGGGCAGGUGCAAGCCUCCUUGAUGAGGCAGUUUCGGUUCAAGGGUCAAUCAGCGAUCCUUUGUCCAAAGACACCAGUCAGUUAGUGAAGUUACUCCUUGAGAAGCAUAGGAGACAAGAGCCUGUUAGGCUGGCAGAAAUGCUGAGGGUUAUCCACAAAAAGUAUGAGGAGAAUUUCCCUGAAAUCUUUAGAAGAGCUUCUGAGCUUCUUGAGCUGGUUUUUGGCCUUAUGCUCAAGGAAGAGGAAUGCUGUGGUCAUUCAUAUGUCCUCAUCAGUAAGCUAAGCCUCUCCUCUGAAUGUUGUCUGUGUAGUAACAGUGAGCAGUCCAAGACAGGUCUUGUGAUGCUGCUCCUGACUGUGAUCUUUAUGAAGGGCAACCGUGCCUCUGAGGAGGAGAUGUGGUGCUUCCUGAACUCACUAGGAAUAUAUGCAGGAAUGAGGCACUUAAUUUUGGGGGAGCCUCAGAACCUCAUUACCAGAGAAUUGGUGCAUGAACAGUACCUCGAAUACUCUCAGGUGCCUGAUACUGACCCUCCAACUUAUGAAUUCCUGUGGGGUCCCAGAGCCUAUGCUGAAACUACCAAGAUGAAAGUCUUGGAAUUUUUGGCCAAGCUCAAUGAUACUGUACCUCGUUGCUUUCCUCAUCUAUAUGCCGAGGCGGUAAAAGAUGAGCAAGAGAGAGCAAGACUGCAAGCUGAAGACAGGAAUGUAAUUAUUGCUAGCUUCAGUGUAGAUCCUAAAAUCAUGCCCCUUAGUUCCUAAUGAAAUCGAGGUACAUUGUCACUUUAAGAGGCUAGUCAAAUCUCUCAGCGCAUCAAAGUUGUAGCGGCUGGAGGCAACAACAUAAUACAUGUACUAUUUUUCCUGUAUUACAUGAAUAACCUGCAGUUAUUUUUUGUUAUCUUCAUAAUGUUAUUCCUUUUAACUGAAAACUUAUAUUUGCUACACAAUAGAAGUUUCCUCGUGUGAUGGGUUACUUUAUUGCUAUUUGUCAUGCUGCUAGUUUUGAACAAAUAGAAAAGGCUUGAGUGUCAUCUUAUUUUAACUGUAGACUAUGGCUAUGUGGCAGUCGAAUAAUAAUGUUCCUGACAAUGUGAAA